AUGGCCUCACCACUAUCCAAUCUGCCAGAGGAGCUUCUCCAACACAUUGUGUCCGAAUUUGAGGCCCACGAAUUCGAUGGUUACGGCAACACAAGAGUUGGCAAAUACCACAUAUACCAACGUACGCUCCGAUCCCUACUUCGCGUGAACAAGCAAUUCCAUCGCCUGGCACAGCCGCUCCUUUACAAAUCCAUAGCUAGCAUCCGGCACGACCGGCCCUGGGCCUUGCGACUUCUACGGACUCUCCUGGAACAGCCCAAGCUUGCAGACCUGGUGCAAAAUGUGCGUAUGGAAGGAGACGUGUUUGAAAGUUAUGGGAAGCAGACUACCUCCGAGGAGCCCGGGGGAUGGGACCCGGAACUAGUUUCAGCAGCAACUAAGCGAGUGGAAGAGGUUAGCAACCACGGCUCUCUCGCCGAUCGUAUCCUAGCAUCGUUGAAGAAUGGCAGCAACAGUGUAUGUUGCGAUCGAGGAGCUUGCAUGACUCUGCUACUCAUACUUGUUAGGAAUGUCACAUUCCUGCACCUGCAAACCCCAUUCAGCUGGGAAGCCUCGUUUACGGCAGAGCUAGUUGAAAACCUGGCUAGAUUGUCAUACUCUCCCGAUUCAGCAGACGCAAAGCCAGCUAUGUUGAAUUCCUUCCUACCGCGCCUCAAAACCUUGGAGGUCGAGCAUUGGGAUACGGAGGGUUCGGUUGAUCUUGGACGCCUGUCAAACAUGGUUCGAAUCCCUUCGCUGGAGGUCUUACGUGGCCAUAUGCUCUCAGUGGAACAACAUAUGGGCGAUCUCGGGAGCUGGCCGUGUAAGAUGAAAACCAUUGACCUCACCUACUCAAUGGUGGAUGCGCCUGGUCUUGAGAUAUUGCUGCGCCAAUUCUCCAGUUUGCAGCACUUGGGCAUCGAAUGGGGAGAUGCAUGCGUUGGGGAUUGUGAGAUUAGCUGGCCUGAAAUUGGUGAUGCUCUUCGCAAGUAUGCAAAGUCCUUGAAAUUCUUGAGACUUGAUUGUAGCCAGGCUUUUGGCUUCGAAGAUUCGGAGCCGCCAUUUCUGCCACUUGGAGAUCUGAGGCCUUUAGCGAGACUUGAGAAGCUUGCCGUGCAUUGGACAUGUUUGCCCGGCGAAGAGGAUGAAGAUUUGCACUUUUCACCGUCGAAUCUUGCAAGCAUCCUACCAGAGUCGCUUGUGGAGUUGAAGCUUUUAGAUUGGAGUCUGAAAAAUGCAGAAGAAGGGUAUGAGGGGUUGGGGACGAGAUUGAGUAGGCUUGUGGAAGAUAAGAGAUUCGGAGCCCUGAAAGUCAUCGGUUUGGGGCGGAUUGAUCCAGUAAGAGAAGAUUUUGACUAUGCUGCGUGGUACAAGGAUCGGCUGGGUCCAUCUGGUUCAAGCGGGUGA